GCGACUAUUUGCGCGAAAAAUAUGAAGAGUCUACGGUAGUGAAAUUGAAUAAACGUGGACGUUUACAAGUGAAAGAUCCGCAGUAUAAAGUGCCAACGGCGCAUGAUUUGGUGUAUCUGGAUGAGAGUCCUGAUUGGUGCCGCAAUAGCCGGCAGUUGCAGUGGCCAGGCACACAUGGUCGCGUUUGCAAUAAAACAUCCUCGGGCUUGGAUGGUUGCGGCAUUUUAUGUUGCGGUCGAGGCUACAACACCAAAAACAUUGUGGUGCGCGAACGUUGCAAUUGCAAAUUUCACUGGUGCUGUCAGGUCAAAUGUGAUGUCUGUGUGAAAGUGCUCGAGGAACACACCUGUAAAUAAAUAAAUAAUUAUAAAAACACAAAUAUAAUAACAAAACUUCAUACGAAAAAAGUAACUAAAACCCAAAUGAUAAAAUGAAACUACUCAACAACACAUGACGGCGGCAAGGAGGCGAUAAACACGAUAUGAAAAUUAGUAAAUAAACCAAAAAAAAAAAUACAUGAAAUUAUU